GGCGCGGUGUAAACAGAGCGGCGGCCGUGAUGUCAGCCGGUCACAUGGAGCCUCUUAUGGCUCGGGAUGGCUCUCGGCGGGCGGGCAGCUGCGGCAGCUGCUGCUGUGGCUCGGGCGGCGGCGGCGGCGCGGCGGCGGCAGAGGGGGCUCCGGGGCCGGACCGUCCGCUCUCCCUGCGCUCUCCGCACCGCGGCGUAAAUGAUGUAUUUUGUGAUCGCAGCGAUGAAAGUAUUUCUACUUCUUGCCUUCUGAAGUUUGAGGAUUUCAUUCUUAAUUCCCAAUAUUUCUCAGAAAGGAACACAUCUCCCCAUCAAAAUUAUUGGAUGACUUUGGCAAACGUAGGCCACCUAUUAGCUGAAAAGCGUUCUAUGUGUUGGAGUACCCAGAAUGGAUCACCCAAAGGUUCUCUUUUGGAAAAGUACCAGCCCAGAGCCUGAAAUGCCAGAGAGUGGAAAGUCCUGGUCUCCGUGGGGAAAUGACGGUAGUGUUCUUGGAGACAGUGUUUUCGCAUGGCUGACAUUAAUGACAGCCCGAUGCUCUGCACUCCCUGAAUGUUUUCAUUCCAGAAGAGCAUCAAAACCACUGAGUCCUUUCAAGUCAUCUUCUUUUACUGCAAAACCAGAAACCAUGUCGACAACGACUUUCACUCAAAUUGAAAUUAUUCCAUGCAAGAUCUGUGGAGACAAAUCAUCAGGAAUCCAUUAUGGUGUCAUUACAUGUGAAGGCUGCAAGGGCUUUUUCAGGAGAAGUCAGCAAAGCAAUGCCACCUACUCCUGUCCUCGCCAGAAGAACUGUUUGAUUGAUCGAACCAGUAGAAACCGCUGCCAACACUGUCGAUUACAGAAAUGCCUUGCUGUAGGGAUGUCUCGAGAUGCUGUAAAAUUUGGCCGCAUGUCGAAGAAGCAGAGAGACAGCUUGUACGCAGAAGUGCAGAAACACCGGAUGCAGCAGCAGCAGCGCGACCACCAGCAGCAGCCUGGAGAGGCUGAGCCGCUGACUCCAACCUACAACAUCUCGGCCAACGGGCUGACGGAACUACAUGACGACCUCAGCAACUACAUCGACGGGCACACCCCCGAGGGGAGCAAGGCAGACUCUGCCGUCAGCAGCUUCUACCUGGACAUACAGCCUUCCCCGGACCAGUCAGGUCUUGAUAUCAAUGGAAUCAAACCAGAACCAAUAUGUGACUACACACCAGCAUCUGGCUUUUUUCCCUACUGUUCCUUCACCAAUGGAGAGACUUCUCCGACUGUGUCCAUGGCAGAACUAGAACACCUUGCACAGAAUAUAUCUAAAUCACAUCUGGAAACUUGCCAAUACUUGAGAGAAGAGCUCCAGCAGAUAACGUGGCAGACCUUUCUGCAGGAGGAGAUUGAGAACUAUCAGAACAAGCAGCGGGAGGUGAUGUGGCAGUUGUGUGCCAUCAAAAUCACAGAAGCAAUACAGUACGUGGUGGAGUUUGCCAAACGCAUCGAUGGAUUCAUGGAACUGUGUCAAAACGAUCAAAUUGUGCUUCUCAAAGCAGGUUCUCUAGAGGUGGUGUUCAUCAGAAUGUGCCGUGCCUUUGACUCUCAGAACAACACCGUGUACUUUGAUGGGAAAUAUGCUAGCCCUGAUGUCUUCAAAUCCUUAGGUUGUGAAGACUUUAUUAGCUUUGUAUUUGAAUUUGGGAAGAGUUUAUGUUCUAUGCACCUGACGGAAGAUGAAAUUGCAUUAUUUUCUGCAUUUGUACUGAUGUCAGCAGAUCGCUCAUGGCUGCAGGAAAAGGUAAAAAUUGAAAAACUGCAACAGAAAAUCCAACUAGCUCUUCAACAUGUCCUACAGAAGAAUCACCGAGAAGACGGAAUACUAACAAAGUUAAUAUGCAAGGUGUCUACAUUAAGAGCCUUAUGUGGACGACAUACAGAAAAGCUAAUGGCAUUUAAAGCAAUAUAUCCAGACAUUGUGCGACUUCAUUUUCCUCCGUUAUACAAGGAGUUGUUCACUUCAGAAUUUGAGCCAGCGAUGCAAAUUGAUGGGUAAACGUAUCACCUAAGCACUUCUAGAAUGUCUGAAGUACAAACAUGAAAAAAAAAAAAUAUUAACCGAGACACUUUAUAUGGCCCUGCACAGACCUGGAGCGCCAACACAACUGCACAUCUUUUGGUGAUCGGGGUCAGGCAAAGGAGGGGAAACAAUGAAAACAAAUAAAAGUUGAACUUGUUUUUCUCAUGCAUAUGAUUUCCAUUAUGCCUACAGAUAUGGACCCUUUUUCUGUCUCGACUUCUUGAUCAUUGACCUCUGUUUACAACAGAAGGAGGGUACUAAAGUUGGAGGAUUUCCUUUUCUCGUAGCUCACUGCCCACAGACUUUCUGCAGAGUCACCAACCUGUUAGCGACAAGAGAGUUCAGCAAUAAUCGGUGACCGGUGUGCAUAGCGGAGGUUGCGGCAUUACUUUGCACAACUUGCUCUUUGUCUCAUGAAGGAAGUUUUUAUUUUUUUUUUUCACCGAUUAUUGCCAGUCGGCAGGAUGGCACGUAAAGGGUCCAUAGCACUAGCAACAAUAGCAUUAUAAUAUAUUACAGGGUAAAUGGGCAUGAAGACUAUAUAUAGCUAAAAGAGAUAUUGUUUAUAUAUUGUUUUAAUUAAUAUAAAAUGUAGUUACUGGUGUAGCUUUUCCUGUUGAAUUGAUAAGGCACUUUCAUUUUGCACCUUUUUCUUUAAAUUAAAUGCUAGCGUGUUCACUGUCGUGUCGCAUGUGCACCAGAAACACAAGUUUAACUGAGAAGGCUUGGAAGGUACGUCGGGAGGUAUUUAUGCUGCUGUUUACAAAAUUACUUUCAAAAGACUGGCUGGUCAUAUCUAGAAAUCACAAUGUUGGAUUAUUAUUUUUUUACGUGUGAAUUUGGAAUUAGAAACUGAACUCCCCCUAAAUUUCACCUUGCAUUUGGGUAAGUUUAAGGAUAGAUGUGUUUAUGCUUCAUACAAAGUUGAAUGAUUGAGAUUGGCGCUGUGGACUUAUACCGUCAUGCAUAUUAUUUUUUUUAAAAAAAAAGCUUUUCUAAAUGCAACCUACAGGAGGCAGGGGAGGGGAGGCUCGUUUUAUACAAUUCAGUAGUUAUGUAGACUCAGCCUCAACUUGGAAUUCGUAUGCUUUGAGAACAAAUCAGUAACCAGAAUAGUUUAUUGGAAAUCUAGCUUUGAUUAUAAGAAGGACCCAAAGAUUUAUAUGUGGAGCAAACACACACUCCCCACAUGAGGACAUAAAGCAUUUCCUCUGUGAAGAGUAUGUUCUUGGUAUAAUCUAGGAACAGUAAGGGUGGAUCUCAGAGUGAACUAUUUCUAGACUCGCUGCCUCUAGAUGCUAUAAUUCUAGAACAUGGCUCUCCAUAUUUCACAGACAAUGAGUGAGAGGGUGAGGGAGGCAUACCAUGUUGAAUUAGCUUCUAUUAUUUAAAUAUUAAAUAUUUUAAGCCUUUAAAGUGAAGUCAGUGCUAACUGCAAACAUGUACUUUUGUAUUUAUCGUUGCUAGAAAACUGUGGACUGUAAUUUAUUUCAUAAAAUAUUUAGAAGAUUGUUUGGCUUUGGUGUUCAGGUGAGAAAUAGUGAGGGUUUUGGUUUUUGUUUUUGUUUUUAAAUUUCGUGGAUUUUUAAAAAUAAUUCCCAGUGGGGGAAGGGAGAAGAAACUGUCUGACACACAAGUGAGCAUAUUUUAAAAAUAAGUGACCUUUGGGAUUGUAGGCAUUGAGAUGAUGAUUUGAGUCCCACUCCCGUUAAGAAGAGUCAACCUUCUGGUCUGCCAUCACAGGCCGUGUUUGUUCAGGAAAGGGAACACCCUCCCAUCGUGCGAAGGCGGGGUGUCCAGGAAGCCCUUUAGAGUGGAGAAAGUGUCUCCUGGGCCCCCAGGGCCCUCCUGACUCUCCUUGGGGACGGUGGCUCCUGGUGUCAGGCUAGAUCCCAGCGCAGGCUUCCUGGAGCCCUCCACUCUGCUCAGACCUCCGCUGACUUCCUGACUUGCUUCCUGGGGGACUUGGAAAAGGAGAAGGAAUUAUUCACACAGAAGUGUGUAUGAAGCCUAAAUGACAUCUAACUUUUGUUCCCCCCCCAAAAAUAUAGUAAGGGUUUAACCAUAAAUAGAAGACGAGAAUAUUAUUUACUUAAAUUUCUUACAAGCAUAUAAAACUUUAUGAGUGUUUAUAUAGAGAGGUUAACUAUAAGCAUAUAGUAUUUAUAUUUGGGCAGGAGGGGUUAAAUCAAAUUUUUAAUUUAAAUAAGCAUAGUUCCUUUAAAGAGCAAUAGUAUUUAUACUCUGAAAAAAGUUAUCAAGCUUAGUUCAGUUAUUUAUUUGUCUGUGUUUCUCCUAUUGUUUCUCCUUUGGGGAGAAAUGGUGUAUUUUUAUUUUGGUUUGGUUUUGUUUUCUUUGUAUUUUUGUCGUUCUGAUUCACUAAAUUUGGGGGUGAUUUUAUUAAAGUAUAUUAACUUCUUUUUAACCAAAGCUUUCUGAAUAUGACCAGCCUCAGGUGCUAGCGCAUUAAAGAGCAACUAAACCUAAUUCCAGUGUCCAUUUAUGAAAUGAAAAGAGUUCGUUGAACUUCUCUAGGGGUGAGAGAGAACAUAAUGUUGAACUUAAAAGAAAUUCUUUUUCCCAUAAAGGAUUUUGCAUGUACAGAAUGCAAAAAAUAAAAAAAUAAAAAUUAUGCUCUAAUCACAGUAAUAGUCACACCAUGGUGACAGUGCUUUUAGAGUAAACCAACAUACGUUGACACGAUGCUGCUACUAGAUCUUUGAGAAAGAAAAGCAGGUGUGGACUUUAAGAGCAAAAUACUUCUACAGGGUAGGAACAGGAGGAUCGCAGAGGCAUGUUCGGUGACGGGAGGGAACAACUGACUAUUAUUUGGAUCAAAGUUGGGAUCUGAAGUUAAACAAUAAAUUCAGCUGAAAAAAUCUGACGUAUUGAAAAGAAUGUGAAAAACUUUGCAUUUGCAUUUUCUUCCUUCUUAUAGAAACACCUGUGUGAUGAUACAAACUGGUGAUCCAGAAAAUUAUCCGUAAUAGUUCUUCUAAAACUCCCUAAACUUAAACAGUCUUUUGAUUAUUGGAAUCACGUCAUUGUCAUCACAGCUGCUGUAAGGCCUUUUAUACAAUGUUUUACAUCAGCUAAAUGAGGCUUUUGUACAGAGUCCCAAUGUCAUCGGUUCCAAUGGUGUCCAAAUGGUUGCAUUCUAUUGUGAAGAAACUGGCUUUGGUCACAAUGAAAUCAAAAAUGCAGAUGAAAGUGCUUUUUUUGGGACAGUUUGAAAAUUGUGUUAAAGCUAUGGGUUGUUUUUUUUUUUGUUUGUUUGUUUUUAAGUGUUCAGCAUCCUAAUUUACGUUAAAGCUAUAGAUUUUUUAAAAAAAAUUUUUAAGUAUUCAGCAUCCUAAUUCACCCUUCCUAACUUAAGGAAAACAUGACUUAAGACACUGCUUCUAAGUUUGGUUGUUCUUUAUAGUGUGGAUACCCAGAUGUCUGUGAGCGUAUAAGGGUAGGCUGAGGGUCAAGAGAGGAGGGAGUGAGUGUGUGUGUGUGUGUGUGUGUGUGUGUGUGUGUGUGUGUGGUUUUUGUGUAUGAUGUGUGUCAGACCGCUUCUAGGCUACUACGUGUCAAUGGAAAAGAAAAUGUAUUCAAAAUACUUAAAUCAAAAAAACUAGAAGAUGGGAAUAAAAAGAUUUAUUCUAUACAAAGCCUUGUCUGGACCACUUUAGAGAGACUUCUAUUUUUUUAACCCUUCUAUAAAUAUUUGAUGGCACUUGAAAUAUUCCUGCAAUAAAAUGUGAUUUGUGUAAAGAAAAAAAAAGAUUUUGUAAUGUGAAACAAAGAAAGAAAGUAAUGUAAUUUUCUAAAAAAAAAACAUACAAACAAACAAACUUUGUAUUAUUUUCUUGAUGGAAUUUGUCUAUCUGUCUUUGGGAAACUUUUUAUUUCAUUGAAUGUGCCAUAGUAGAGAUAUGUGUUUUUAGUUUUAGACUAAGGAAUAGCUGUUCGUGUUCCGACAUUCCAAAAUGCAAAACAACCUAGUAAAAUCUUUAAUGAAAAGGUUUAAGUAGGAUGUAAGCUUCUCUCAUCGUUGCUUUUUUGCACAUGUUCUUCAUUCCUCUCUAGUGCAAUAUGUACAUAGAGCACUCGCGGGUGUACCUUGAUCCCUCAGGGAAAAAUACAUAUUUGUACAGUUGUUAUUGUUGUUUCUUUUUAUUUUUGGCUAAGGAAUGUCGACUGAAUCACUUGUUAUUGUUGAGGGGCAGCCAGAUAAUAAUCCUAAAGCCACUGUUUCCAACAUUGAUUGUUCAAAUCAUGUGUCCUUCCAGUGCUAUUAAGAUACUAAUAAUAAAAAAGUUAUUUUCUGACAGUUCUUUGUGCUGAUUGGUGACAAACAAACAAACAAAAAAAGGGUACAUAAGCACCUUAUGAUUGACUUACUGUGAAUGACAAUCCAUCUUGAUAUCAACAAUAGGAAGCCCUAUCAUUUUGGAGUUGGGGUUAAGAGUCAGAAACAAUGUGCUCAGGGAUCUUCUAAAACUCUUUAAAACAGGGUGGCCAGUACUACUGGGACAAAUUGUGUUUUUUAUUAUGAAUAAUCACGAUAAUGCUAUCCCUCCAAGGCACAGUGAACUGUGUAGAACUAACUGCAUGUGUGUAAACGUCACUAUCAUCUCAUUUUGUUGAGUUCAAAACGUGUGCUCUUCAGUCUUGUGUACUUAAAAACACUGAGUAACUUCCAGGACUGUGGGAAGUUAUGCCAGUGUGUUCAAAAGAUAAAUGAGCAGGUCAUCCACCAACAGAGAGCAUCAUUCAGAGGACAACCCUGCAUACUCCAUUUACCGUUUCUCAAAUAGUUAAAAUACUUAUGAUAAAAAUAUGUAUAGCCUUCUACAAUAUAUUAAAAACUACUCCAAUUCCACAUAAUAUGGAUACAAAUGUUUAAAACAAAGGAGAUAAGGGUCCUGCCUAUCAGUGACGUGAGAGAGAUAAAAGGUAAAAUACGUUUUUUUAUAAUAGCAAACAACUACUAAUUUCUCUGUGCUCACCUCUAGAAGCAAACCAAAAAAACUCCCUACUUCACAUUUGUAGUUUUUAAUCUGUCGAAGAAAUACAAGAGAUAAUGUUUAAAGAUAAACAAAACCCACUUGGUAACAAUAGCAUGAGCCAGUUUUUAGGGUCACAUUUUACAUUUUUUUAAAUACAGCUUUGUUCUCGUAUUUUAAUAUAUUGCUUUCCAUAAAGGCAGUGAACCUUAGGGUAAUUGUUGCCUUUGAUUCUUCCAUUUCACACUUGGAAGACACAUUGGAUUUUUUUUUUUUUUAAGACCACACAAGAGUAUAAUUUGGAGAAACUUUUCAUGUUUUUUGCACAUGUUCUUUAUGUCAUUUAGAUGAAAAGGAAGCUUUUAUCUUGUUUUUUUUUAAAAUAAAUACCAAGGAAAUGGGCAGAAAUCUCUCUCAUAUAUGUAUACACAUAUUCAUACAUAUAUGUAAAUAUAUAUACAUAUACACACACAUUAUUGAUAGUUUUACAUAUUCUAGCAUUUGAUUGCCACUUCUUAUAAAGGGAUGACCUAACAGAACCCCAUAAAAACAACUUCAUACAAUAGAUCAGAUUAUGUGCUCAGAAAGGCAAUUGCAACAUUAAAUCUUGAUCUAUUUCUAAUAGUCUACCAUACUAUCCCUAAACACUAGUAUUAGCAAAGAGUUCCACCAGACUUCUUUAAAGAGACCUUCCUAUGAUUGUUUAUCCUUAAGAGAUGAGAAGGCUAACAAGCAAUGGCUUUACAAAGCAAUUGGUUUCACUCCUGGGUCAGUUUUGUCAGGCUCCCUGGUUUCAUACUAAGGAAAUAUCUCAGAAGGGGGUGGGGGUGGCAGAUCUUCACAUUUAAGCAAACCCUCAGAACUUCAAGCAAUAAAUACAUUCAGUCAUUUAUUUAUUUAUUUAUAAAUGAGUGACAGCCUAGUGAAUCCUAAGAGAAAUGUUUUUUCAGCAGUGAAACAUAAAAUGGAGUCUUGUGUUAAGAAAGUGAAUAUGAAUGUUUUAAAUGGAUGCUUAGAGAAUCCGUGUUUGCUGUUUACAUUUAGUAUGUUUACCACACUAGCUAUAUCACACUUCUUUUCUUAUUUUUCUUCUAAAAACUAAUGAAAGAUAGCUCGCUCUCAGCUUUGACAUGCUGCACAUGCCAUUAUGUUGUUCUCUAAGAGCAACUAUUGAUAAAAUUUCUCCAGUGUUCAUGUGUGAUUCCUUUCUCAUUCAUUAUCACUUCAAUGUGGAUGAAUACUAUUUCUGGGAACUUGGUCAUCAGUGAGCAGAUUACAUAUGUAAAUGCAGAUCAUUCUUGAGCAUAUAGUGAAUAUGAUUUCACACACAUGAAAAAAAAAUUCAUAUGUACUGUACACACUUUCCUGAAUCAGACAUUCUCUUCUAUCCACAAUUGUUUGAAAUCUCACAUAAAACAGUGGUAAAUUUUUAUACAUUAGGACAUUAGCUGGCUGCUUCUUUAAAUGUCCCUGUAUUGUCUGCCUGCUCCUUUUGUGGAGAUGUGUUUUUGUAUUGGAUGUUUGGGCCAAUGGGAGGCUUCAAGCUACAACAUAUUUUCCCAGUUUAAAUAUAUUUAACAUAUGACAAACCCCAGACAAGGCUUUUAAUAUGUAUAAAGAACUGCAGUGUUAGGUGGUUUAUUUGCAAACCGUUUUCAAUGUUGUCCAUUUUUAUGGCACCUUUAACAAUAUUCUUGUUUCCAAAGUACAAAAAAAAUAGAUUAAAUAUCUAGCCAUAACUGAAUGUCAAGCAAUAAAACAAAUGACUUUUGUGCAUAGACUUAAAAAAAAUACAAAUUUUAGACAUCUGCAUGUAAAUGCAAUCUCUUGUUUACUGCUUUCUUCAACUCGAGCAAUUGAUUCUUUAUUUACUGUUAACUUAAGAACUUGUAAUGGCCUGUAAACAUUUUCUCUCUUACUCUUCUUUCAAAUUUACCUUCACCACUGCUUUUGAGUCAUAAUAUUUAAUGUUGUUCUGCACAUCUCUAUACAGUUAACUUUUUGGCUUUCAUUCUGUAUAGAUAAGAAAAUGUUAUAUUAUAAACAGCCUACUCAGUGCAAAUAUUUAUCUGUUUAUCAAAUCCACAAUAUGCUGUAUAAUACUGGUUUUACUAUAUAAUCUAUUUUAGACAUAGCUGUUUAGAACUAGAGUGUGCUAUUUUUGUGUUUUUCUGAUGUGUGGUGCUAGAUAAGUUACUUUUGUGAACAAAAAAAACAAAAAAAAACAACAACCUUUUAUUCCUAGACAAUACCACCUUUGGGUCUUGUUAAUUUCACUGAGUAUAACUAUAUAUUUGUAUAUAUAUAUACAUAUAUAUAUUAUAUAUCUACCUAUGCCCAACUGGCAGCUGUAUCAGAGUGCUGGAUUUGGGACAUGCUUUUCUCUUUAAAUACAUACUAUCAUUAUAUAAAUUAUUCUAGAGUGUAUUUAAUUAGGAUAAAAUUACUUCCUUAGUAUGGAUAUUUGACAUCAAUAGGGUGAAUUUGUUUAUAAAUAUGAAUAUAUGAAAACUUAUUAGCAUUGACUUUAUGUUUACUACUUGGCUUUAUACCAUAUCUCCUAAGCUGAAAAAUAAUUUGCCAGGCCUUCAAGAUCCUAAAGAAACACUCUAGUUUAAUGGAGUAAUCCUUUUUUUUUUUCCUUCUUACUAAGGAAUUAUAUUAUUGACACCUGACAGGGUUGUGUACUUAGCUCCUAUUAUAGAUAAUAGGCAUUUAUAUAAAAUAUCCUUCAUGGCUUGAUGGCGGAAUAACCCUUUCCCCUCCUACCUGAACCAUGAGAGUUCUGAAGACAUCCACUGUCAUGUCAGAACAUGGCCCAAUGGAGCUAAUUCAACAAAGGAUGUUCUAUUUUAAUUAUGACCUCAGCCAGUUCUAUGAACUGAGUGAAGGGCCUUCAUGUUUAAAGUCAUCAUUUAAUCAUGAGUUUAAACUCUUUCAACCUAUUCUCCCAAGACCUAUUGGCAUUGUUAAAAAUCCAAGUAUAUCAAAUAUCUAACUAAGGAUGUAAUUAACCUUAUUAAAUAUUGAUUAGAAUUGUUCUGUAAUAUUACUGAAUUUGUAAGAUCUUUAGCAAAAAUUUUUGAGCAAUUUAUAAAUAUAGAGCAAAUGUUUCUGUUUACUGCACUUUUUGUAAUUGAAGGUGAUAAAUUCUCAAGCCAUGGUUAUUGGCUUCCACGCACUGCAUAUUUACCCACAAUUUAGACAGCUUCCAUUUUUAUGGAAGAGUUGCUGUUAACUUAAUUACAAAUGCAAUCAUGUGGUUAAUGAAAGCUGAUGCUAAUAGUUAACCUUGUAAAGUGAAUUGGCUACAGUUUAAGGAGAAAUCUCUUUUACUACAAGUCAUGUCAUUCCUUACUGCUUCACUUAGAAAGAGAUGGAAAAAUUUUUUUUUUUUAAAGCACCACUCAGUAUCCUAAGCUUCCUGGAAAUAGAGAUUAUAUUUCUUUGUGUCUGUACAAUGGCCAGCACAUGCCAGCAUUUGAUCAUUAUUAAGAAACAAUGAGUGUGUCCCAAUCCAAAUUCUUUUUCUGGGGUGUCACAGUAAAUUUGUAAGGUAUGCCAAGCCUAUAAUUAAUACUUUCUUCUACAACCAAGUAUUAGACCCACAUUUAAAAAAAGACCACAUGAAAUGCUGAUUCUAAUUGUGUGUAGGUCUUGGGGAUUAAGCACACAAAUUUCACAAAACUCGUGAGUAACAAACUCAGCCUUCUGUAAAUAUACGUGCAAGUUUGGAAACAGUAAUACUGUACCUAUAAAUAUAUCUGUCUGUUUUGUGUACAGUACGUAAAAAAUCCUUUUCUGCCACACUAAAAAUGCAAGCCAUUUCUGGGUAUCCUAAAAAUAGUAUUGUACUAAAACUUUGCUAAUGAUCUUUAUUAGAAGAUCAUCCAACUUUUCACAUACAUUGGGUUUUCUUUUCAAUUCACUCUUAUAGUAGUCUGCUUAUUUCCUGCUGUUUGUUAUUUUAUUGUGUCCUGAAUUUAAAAAGAUAUUUUGAUUCAUUUUGUAAAUACAAAGCUGUAAAAAAAAGAGAGAUUUAAUGUUGUCUUUUAAAUACUCCGAUUUUCAUUCUAAUAUGAAUGUUGUUAUAUUGUACUUAGAAACUCUACCUUUAAUAUUACAUUACCUUUAUUAAAAGUGCAUUGAACACAUCAAUUUUAGAUGUGCUUUAUGUACUAUUAUCCUAUAAUAAAACUUCAGCUUCUAAUGGAA